CGUCGCUCCCGGGAGUCUCGCGGUGACAGCUUAGAUCAUCGAUAGAAAAGAAAGGAUUUGCAAAUGGAGGUGGUUGAAAAGGUUACAGUUUGAACGACAAAAGGUACAUCUGGCCAUGUCUGAAUCGCUGUAUGAGAAGUUUUUGGCCCCAGAGGAGCCGUUCCCUCUCCUCUCCCAAAGAGCCAACCUCAGUGAUGUGGGAACCCUAGACGUCAGUGACUUUGGCUGUCAGCUCUCGUCUUGUCACAGAACAGACCCUCUACACCGCUUCCACAGUAACAGAUGGAACCUUACUUCCUGUGGGACCAGCGUUGCCAGCUCAGAGUGCAGUGAGGAGCUCUUCUCCUCUGUAUCAGUGGGGGAUCAGGAUGACUGUUACUCCCUUCUGGAUGACCAAGAACUAACAUCGCUGGACUUGUUUCCAGAGGGCAGUGUUUGCAGCGACGUCUCCUCCUCGAUCAGCACCUAUUGGGACUGGUCUGACAGCGAAUUUGAGUGGCAGUUGCCAGGAAGUGACAUUGCCAGUGGCAGCGAUGUCCUCUCUGACAUCAUCCCGAGCGUGCCAAGUUCACCGUGUUUGUUUUCCAAGAGGAAGCCCAAGCCCCACCCUCAUCGUAACCUGGAUGAACUACCUUGGAGUGCUAUGACCAACGAUGAACAAGUGGAGUACAUUGAGUACCUGAGUCGGAAGGUCAGCACAGAGAUGGGCCUGAGAGAGCAGCUGGACAUCAUCAAGAUCAUCGACCCAUGUGCUCAGAUCUCUCCCACAGACAGUGAAUUCAUCAUUGAGCUCAACUGUCUCACCGAUGAGAAACUCAAACAGGUGCGUAACUACAUCCGAGAGCACAGCCCCAGGCAGCGGGCCAGUAGCACCAGAGAGGGCUGGAAGAGGAGCAGCCACAGCAGCGCCAGCACCGGCGGUGUCAGUGGAGCCAGCAGCAGCAACGCCAGCAUGGUCAGCUCGGCUAGCUCCUCCACCGGUUCCACAGCCUCCAACUCUGUAGCAGGUGGUACAGCCUCAGCCUGUAGUGGAAGCAGUGUUGCCAACAUCAGCAGAGCUCACAGUGAUGGCAACCUCUCCAGUGCUGCAGAACGUAUACGAGACUCUAAAAAACGUUCGAAGCAGCGGAAGCUUCAGCAGAAAGCCCUCCGAAAGCGGCAGCUGAAAGAGCAGCGACAGGCUCGAAAGGAGCGUCUGAGCGGGCUGUUUCUGAACGAGGAGGUGCUGUCAUUACGGGUGACGGAGGAGGACGACCACGGUGACGACCUGGACAUACUGAUGUGACACCAGUGAAUCAAUCAGUGCUCCCUCUAGGCCUGCUCUCUCACCACCCAGCCACUACCAUAGAGCUUAGAGACCACGCUAAUCCAGAACACUGCACGCAUUAGCUUUGAAUAGGCUAACACGCUAAUAACGCAUUUUGUAAGAGUGAUGUAGGCAAUAAUCGCUUCUAGUAGCCUCUAGCAUAGCUUGACAUAUUGCUUGCUUAUACUGGUGUUACAUACUAGUGCUAAAACUGCUAGCUGCUGCAAUCACUCUUAAGCUAGCUACAGAAAUAAUGCUAAAAUACUGCUAAUGCUUUGAUUAGAUACUGAUCUCAGUCUAACCUACUUGUAGCCAAUGCUCAUGCUGCAACAGCCUAGAAGCUUGCAGAUACACAUAAAUAUACACUACUAAUGACAGUUAUUUCAGCUUAACACGGUUAACAAGAGGACUGCUUAUAGAUGCUGAAACAGCAUAUAUCCACUGCUACUAAUACAGCCACCACUGGCAGAAGGACAGAUCAGGCAAGAGAAGCAGAGUUUGGCCAUUUAUGCAGAUGCUGUGAUAACCAGUUGAUGGCAACAAGUUUAUUUUUUCAUAACAUUACAGGAGGAGAUAUGUGCCAGUUGGCUGUCUGUAGCUCAUUUGUUGGUAGUUUUCACACAUCUGCCUACAAAUUCUACACGGCUGUAUCUGCACUGACCAAACUCUGUUCAUCUGUAGCUUUAGUUUUAUCUGCAGCAGGUUAGGUUACAGCAGCAAAGACAUGAGUUAAUACUUAAGUAUACAGUCAAUGACAUGAGUGUAAAGUAUUGGUAUUGUUAGUUUUAACAUGACAGGAGAUUUACUGACACAUCCAGGAAACACCACAAUCUUGAAAUUGAAACAUCACUGGGCAGUUUGUGGUGAAUGAUGGAGCCUCGUUGAGAGUUGAAGACUAAUGUCAGAUUAAAGUAUUUGAUGCUCCUGAAAACCAUCCUCCAAAUCAAACAGAUACAUCCGAGAUGAAGAGGUUCCUGAUGUGGAAAUGGAGGGGAGCUGGUCUGUCUUUCUCUCUGCUGAGUGUUGUGGUCCCAUUUCACUCUCAAGGCUUAGAGGGAGCACUGAAAACACUGCAUGUUUAAAUCGUCACCCACACUGAGUUCCUGUGUGGUCCAGUAACUAACAACUUACUUUGCAUUCACCUGUUUAAAAUAGCUUACCUUAUUGUAAAUAAAUGAUAAAUAACAGCAUAUUUACUGCUUGCUUUCAGGUUUUCCUUGGUGAUAAAGGUUUGAUUUAAAGUUUUUUUUCCCUGUGUGUAUAUAUUUAUAUAUAUAUAUAUAUAUAUGAUGACUAAGUAAUGAACUAAUUGGUUGUCAUAGCUUAAAAGCUGUAAAUUGCCACAGGUCUUUGCAAAAAAAAUUAGAGUCUUAUUUUGAUGCAUUUAGUUGUGUUUUGUCACAAGUACUUGAGUUUGGUCUUCGUCUCAGACAUCUUUUAAACUCUGACUUUGUCAAAUCCUCAUUUUUUUUUCUCCUAUAAGCACUCCUGUUGUGUUUCCUCCAGAGAUAGUUUUGCCAUCAUUUACUUCUGUGUACGUUUUUGAAUGAUCUGACCACCAUCAUAUGUUUCAAGCAUUUGAGCACUGUCUUAGUUUUUACAGAUCACAGUGUCUUUACAUGUACUGUAUGGCUGGUUUGGCUUUGGUGCUCAACUUGGUUUCUUGAGCAUGUGCAUCCAACAUUUAGCCAUUAACUCAUCUUUCAGAAGCGCUCUGUUAAAAUAUUUAAAAUUACAGUGUGGAUGAAUCAGGAACACCUCAGAAACAACUUGAGGUGGAGUUUUUGUUGAGUUGUAGCUAUCAUGUCAUUUUCAUAUUGGCUAAAAGUAGCAACCUGAGAUAUUUUUGUUUCUUUGUGUGUUUCUUUUUUUUUUUGGCUACCUUGUAGGAAACAGUUUUCCCACAGCUUUUCAGCUGUAAUAUGAUGAACCACUGCAGUUAUUGGUCUAACAGCCUGUUGUCCUUUCUAAUACUUUCUAAUGUGUACUGAGCUUUGGCUCUUGUCUCUGUCUUGUGUAUAAAGUUAUUAAUUUACAGCAAUUAUGUUAAAAGCAGCUUUAUGUAUUCUGUAGUACUGAAUUUAGUAAAACUCUAUUUUGAAAAAUAAGAUAAAUUUUGAAGAAAAAAAAUUAAACAAACAGCAGUGCGAUGCAACAAAGUUAUUUGUGUAUAUAAGGUACCAUGUAAUUGCUGAAAAUGAAUGGUUUUGAACUGAUUAAACAUAGUUUAAAAAGGUUUUAUUGUAAACCAAACUUUUUGUUUGGGGAGAUUCCCCCAGUGUCAUUUUUAUGAUUAUUUUACACUACUUCACACAUAUAGCAGUUCCUUAUAAACCAACAUGAACAAUGUUGCCAUGUCAGUGCUGCAGGGGAGUUCACUCAGUGGUUCAGAUACAUUGUAAUUUUGACAAAUAAACAUACUGUUGCAUCUGA